UUCUCACAGAUAAUUUCCCUCUCUCUCUCUCUCUCGCUCGCUCGCGCUCUUUCCCUCUCUCUGGUUUGGAGCUCAAUUCGAAUACUGAGUAGUCACUGACGAUUACUUAAAAUAUAAUGCUUUCGUGCUUCUCAACCUCGUUGGACCUUAGUUUUCACUUGGGUUUUUCCAAUAACUGGAGUUUGGCAACUUUUAGAAGAUCAAGAUUUUGUCAUUCGGUGGAAAGAAGCAUUAUAAAGCUGGGGAAUAAGCAGGACAACGGCACUUUUGUAGUUCACAACAAGUUCGUCACAAAGGAUGAUCUUCUAAUUUCCCAUUCUCCAAUAGCCCAGCAAGAUAGCCCACCUCCUUUGGUUAGUGCAUUGAAAGCUUCUGCCGAACAAAGCGUUGCCAGUUUUCACUUCCCUGGGCAUAACAGAGGACGCGCUGCUCCGUCUUCAUUAACUCAGCUAAUUGGUUUAAGACCAUUUGUUCAUGAUUUGCCUGAGCUUCCAGAGCUUGACAACCUCUUUUCUCCAGAGGGGCCUAUUUUAGAUGCACAAAGACAAGCAGCCAAACUCUUUGGAUCAUCAGAGACAUGGUUUCUUGUUGGAGGUUCCACUUGUGGAAUCCAAGCAGCAAUAAUGGCAACUUGUUCCCCUGGAGAAUUUCUAGUUCUUCCUCGUAAUUCCCAUAUAUCAGCUAUAUCAGCCAUGGUAUUAUCAGGUGCACAACCUAAGUACAUCAUUCCCCAGUAUGAUUUUGACUGGGACAUUGCUGGUGGCGCAACUUCAUCGCAGGUAGAGCAAGCAAUCAAGGAAUUAGAGAUGGAAGGUCAAAAAGCAGCUGCGGUUUUUAUCACUUCCCCUACUUAUCACGGUAUAUGCAGCAACUUGGCCGAGAUUUCCAGGCUCUGUCAUUCUCAUGGAAUUCCUUUGAUUGUUGAUGAGGCUCAUGGGGCACAUCUAGGAUUUCAUCCCCAGCUGCCUAAUUCAGCCCUCCAGCAAGGAGCUGAUCUUGCUGUACAGUCCACUCAUAAAGUUCUAUGCUCUCUUACGCAGUCAUCGAUGUUACACAUGUUGGGGAAUAUUGUAGACAGCGAAAGAAUCGGUAGAUGUCUCCAAACUCUUCAAAGCACUAGCCCUAGUUAUUUGCUUUUAGCAUCAUUAGAUGCUGCUAGAGCUCAAUUAAGUGAAAACCCAGACACCAUAUUCAACAAAGCAAUGCAAUUGGCCUUUGAAGCAAAACAUUUGAUCAAAGAAAUACCAGGCAUUUCAGUGUUUGACCUUGCAAGCUUUUCUCACUUUCCUGCCAUUGAUCCUUUGCGACUUACUAUUGGUUUUUGGCAGCUUGGUUUGUCUGGUUAUGAAGCAGAUGAGAUAUUAUGUAGAGAUCAUGGGAUCAUUUGUGAACUUGUUGGGACUCAAUCCAUUACUUACGCAAUUAACCUUGGAACUAGUAGAGAUCAUAUUCAGAGGCUUGUAUCAGGAAUCAAACAUCUAACAGGAACUCAUGCACCAAUCCAUGGAGGUAAAGGGAGAUUGCAGCAUCGUGGCUUUACACCCUUUGCAGACAUCAAAAUGAGCAUGAUUCCCAGGGAUGCCUUCUUUACAAGUAAAAAGAAGGUGAGUAUAGCAGAGUGCCUUGGGGAAGUUUGUGGGGAGCUUAUAUGUCCAUAUCCACCAGGAAUACCAGUUCUGGUCCCUGGUGAGAUUAUUACGGAGAAAACUUUGGAUUAUCUGCUGGAUGUUAGAAACGAGGGUGCUGUUAUUACUGGUGCUUCUGAUCCUUUGCUCACUUCCAUAGUAGUCUGCAAUGUGUAGUAUAGACAAAUGGAUGUUGGCAUAUAUUGCAAAAACAGCAACAGCAAUAGCAAUGCUAAUUAUAGCUGCACUAUCAUACCAAAAGGACUAGUCAAUUUGAAGCUUUUCUAGAUUUAUUAUAAAGCUCAGUUUCACAUAGUAACUAGGCAAUGUGGGAUUUAACACUCAUGACUAUCUUUAUAAGCCACCCAAUUUAUGUGCGCCUUUUUCUUAUUUUCUUAAUAUGAGACUGGGAUGUUAUGUAUAAAUUUUGGC